AUGAACCGUACAGGGUCCUUGAGGAGGAGGCAUUCCGAAGCCGGUGCAAAACCCCCACGCUUGCAAUGGAGACGGAAAUUAUGUGUACUCACCUUCUUGUGCCUCGGGGGACUGCUCCAAGGUGCGACCUUCAGCCACAUAAACUCGUUUUUCAAUCUAUACGCGCUCGAUGUGAAAGGACUUACCUCGGCCGAGUAUGGAAUCAUCAUGGGGUGCUAUUGCUUUGUGAUGGUUUUUGUGACCCCUCCCGCGGCAAAACUCGUCAAUCUGAAGCUCUUCAAAGAUAAAACGAUCCUAUUCGCCGCAUGGACGAUCGACGCCGCGUUCUGUCUCAUGCUCUCAUUUGCGCACAGAUUCCCGCAAGGCAAUCAAUUCUUCUUCGGCUCUCUGAUCAUUCGAAUUCUGGAAGCGGUCGGUUCCGCGAUGGGCAUCAUAAUGCUCUACGUGAUCACUGGGCAGGAGCUCAAUGACAUCAAUCACAUCGUCAUCCCGCUCUUUGAAACGAUUCACGGAAUUUCGGUGGUGGUCAGUCCAGCCCUUGGCGGGAUCCUGUACGACUUCGGAGGGUUCCCGAUGCCCUUCUGGGUGAUGGGAGGUGCCUUACUCUCCGCGACGAUGCUGGCAGUGGGCUUCUUCCCUGAACACGUAUCGCCGGCGUCAGAGGAGAAAACGUCGCAGGAUAACGGUACACGGUCCGCUUGGAAGCUCCCGGUAAUCGUCAACGCGCUGAGUUCAAUGAGCGCUUACGUCUUGAUAUCGUUCAACGAGUCGACGCUUGCUCGGCAGCUAAAUGUGGAGUUUGGCAUGGAUGCUACCGAGUCUGGCAUGCUAUUCUUCUACGCCGGAGGGAUGUACGCGAUCUCGAGCUUGGUAUUUGGAUUCCUCUCGAAGAAAAUCUCGGAUCCUCGAUAUUUCGUAUUGCUUGGCCUGAUUACCUCCAUUGUGGCACUGGUACUAUUGGGACCCCUAGUACCAGUCAAGCAGACUAAAGGAAUCGUCAUAUUAUCCCAAGUUCUGUUGGGCGCGGGUACCGGACCCUCAUUCGUAUGCUCCUACAUGCACUCUCUGGAAUGUAUAUCUAAUGGUCAGAACACUAAAUGGACGUACGCAGCCUUGUCAGCUAUCUUCACACCUGCGGCCUCGAUCGGGUGCACGAUUGGACCUGUCAUGGCAGGUAUGAUUCUCAACAAUUACCCUUUUGAAGCAGUGGUAGCCGUGAACGCCUUGCAGACCGCUGUGAUGGCACUUCUGCUCACAUACACGAUCUGUUGCACUGGAAAAUCCCCAGAGGGAUUGAACAAAAGCCGGAAGUCUGACGAAGAACCCAGAGUUGAGAGAGAAGCGUCCAUAUCCGGACCUCACUCGGCAGUCGAAAUACGGAGAGAAACUCUUUGA